GUUCUGAGCGCUGCAGCGUCGCCUUCACUUUAACUUUCGGUUUUGAUUCUGAUCCAACACAACACCGCUGUUGGAGCUCCAGAAAACACAUUGGCUGGUAUCUUUACGAAAGGUAGUUGUCAGUGAGAACAAACUUUAUACGAUACGAUACUAACUAUAUACUUUAUUCUGACUAUUUUGACCAUUUCUGUUUACUUUUUUUUGACGAGUGACUAUUUUUUCUCUCUCUCACAGAGUUUCGUUUUCGUUGCUCAGAUCAGAUCAUGGCUGACACAACAAGAAAUGGCGAGGUAAGAUUACUUCAACCCUCGAAGACAGGCCUGACAAAUGUGACUUUUCAAUGUAUUGAUAUAUUACAGCUGUAUACAGUGAUCGUGUAUUUAAUCAUUAGUGUAAUUUUGUAUUUAUUCAUAGUGUGAUUGUAUUAUAAACUUUAUUUAGCUACAUCAUGUAUAGCCUUGAGCUGUGUACAAGAUCCUGUAUUUAUUAAUUAGUGUUACAUUGUCUUAUUUCAUAAUGUGGCUGUGUAUUUACACGUUUUUACUUGUAUAGCAGCACUUCAUUUCUUUGUAAAUGUAUAAAUAAUAAACCUUUUUCCUGGCAGGUUGACCAGGCCCCGGGGGCUCUGAGGGGCCCAGGUGAAGAGGACCUUCAGAUGGAGGAGGCAAAAAGGGAGCUGGAGACAUGGAAGGUAGGAAACAUACUCACACAGUGUAUGUUUGUCUAUAUAUGUGCGUUUAUGUAGGUUUCUGUAUAGCUAUGUGUACAUGUAUGUGUAUGCAUGUAUGUAAUAUAUCCAUAUUGUGAUAUGUACGAGGUGUACAUACUACCACACCUGCAGGAUGGUCCCAGCUGCAGUCUGAACUGUGGUUCAUGUAUUUAAGUUCCAUUGAAGUUGAACUUAACACUUUUACAGUUAUCGCUCUUUUUUGCUGUUUUUAUCAUUUGCAUAACUUUUUUGGUGUUUUUUAGUGGUUUAAGUCAGUCAUAAGUGUUAAGUCAGGUAUAGGAAGUUGUAGAUUUAUAUACGUUGGAUGGGGUGUUUGUAUGUGGUUAAUUAUUAGGGGCCAAUGUGGCAUUAAUCAAAGAGCUUAAUCCCUGGCUGCGCUUAAUAACUGCCGCCUCAUCCUCCUGAAAAAUAGUCUUUCUGAACACUUUCUGUUUCCUUUCAGAACAAAGUAAAGGAAGCAGAGAGUGAGAAGGCAGAACUAAUGAUGCAGAAACACGAUGAAGAGGAGUUGAGGGAAAAGGCUCAGAAGGCGAUGAUGGCUCAAACUGAGGAGCGGGAAAAGUUUAAGAAAAAGUCCAUCGAGAACCUGAAGGAGGUGCAGGUAUGACCGGGCACACCUGACACCACCCUGAAAAGAUAAAUGGGAAAAAUGAGAUAAUUUCUCUUUAUUCUGUCCCUUAGAGAUAUUUUCUCUCUAUUCUUUAUGUCAGAGAUCAUCUCUCCUUGAUUUUCUUUUCAGGAUGAAGUUUAUAAUCUUGGCAAACGCAAACAGGAUCUGAUGGACAAACUGAACAAACGCAGAGACAAAUUGCAGAAAAAGAAGAGCGAGUUGGGCAAACUGAAACAAAAGUUUAAGGUAAAACUUUAAACCUGCAGCACUAUUUUAUUAAAUUUCAGUUUUGUUUUAUUUAACUAUAUCUUUAAUUUAUAAUUCUAUGAUGAACCAACUAAAGCAAAAGUUAUAUUUUAAUAAACAGAAGAAAAAGUUUCAAGUAAAACUUUAUUUCAUUAUAUGUUAGUUUGUUCUUUAUAAACAAUUAUGACUUUAUUAGAAAAAGUCGUUGCAUUUGUGGUUAAAAUUAGACAUGUUUUACCGUCUGUUUAAGAAAAAGCAAACAGUGUGAGUGUUUGUAACUUAUACCUUUUUAUAAUAACCUGAUGAAAACUUCACUGUGUGUUUGUAUGUGCACUUUGAAACACAUCAUUUUAGUCAGUAGACAUUAAAUCAAACAAUGAUUCAGUUUCUGAUCCAGCCUACCUCUCCACUUGUUAGAUCCUCGCUGAGAUCCCGGACUCAGUGGUGGAGUUCACCUCAAAGAGUGACGAGCAGCUGAAGGACGAUCAGCCAAUCAGAGCAGAGUUUGUCAUCAGUCAGAGGUCGUCUGUUUCUCUGGAGAGAGGUCAGGCCCUCAUCACUUUCGAGGAGGAGGAAGGUAACCAAGACCCCAGUUUGAUACUGUUUUUACUAUUACUGAAAUAAAUAAAAUGAAUUAAAGCAAAGAAAUUAGUUUUAACACUGACAUAACACUUGAGUAUGAGAGGGUUUAUCCUUUAAAACCUCAAAUCAAUAAACUUUAAAAAUAAUAAUAAUGUGAACAUCAUCACAUUAUUGAGUAUAAGAGAGUAUAAACUUCAUAUCUUUGAAGCUCUCUGACCUUGUGUCUUUGUAUGUCUGUAACUUUGUGUCCUUUGUCUCUGUAUUUUUGUGUCCUUCAGUUGCAUCUCAGAUCCUGCAGAUGGGAAACUGCUCUGUGUCCUGUGAUUCUGAGACCCUCAAUGUGAGACCAAAGAGAGUGACUCUGGACCCUGCUGUCAAGUUUGAGGUUUGUUUAAAGGAGAGAGUGUGUGUGCACUGAGAUUUACUCUGAUGCUCUGAUGGUAACCUGUGCUUUAAUAUUUACCUGUGUUCUCUGAUGGUCCAGGUGCACCUGCAGGUGUCCAGGAAAGAGCUGGAUGUCUCAGAUGUGCCCCCCUCGAUGCCUGAGGAGAGGACGAAGGACCGGCUGAUGCUCAGUUUUUGCAGAGACAGCAGAGGAGGAGGAGAGGUGGAGAAGGUGGAGUAUGACAAAAACGUUGGGACAGCGACGGUCACCUUCCUCCACCCAGGAGGUAAAACACUGAGAGGAGUUCACCUGAAUCGCCUGUCGAUCUGUUAAAAUGGAUAUUGUUACAUACAUAGUUUGACACGCUCAAUUUGUGGUAAUAACAGAAAGUGUCUGUCUCUGUGUAGUUGCAGAGACUCUGGUGAUGAAGGGGGAGUAUGUGGUGGAUUUGGACUCCAAGGUCAAAGUCAAGGUUGAUCCUGUUUUCAAAUACGAGCUUCGAAAGUUUCAGGUGACAAAAAUAAUUGACAAAUACACAAACCUUCACACUGAGACACAGACAUGAGAGAGAGAGAGAGAGGGAGAGAGAGAGAGAAGAUGAGUCCCGAUGAAGAUGAUGAGAAGUAAUGAUGGCUUUUUGUUUCAGACUUUCUGCGGCACUGCAAAGAGAACUGUGCUGCUGGACGGUAUCAAGGACGUCCUGGACCCAGAAGAACUCAAAGACCACCUGGAGAUCCACUUUCAGAAACCCAAAAACUCUGGAGGAGAGAUUGAGUGCAUCGAGUAUGUCAGCAAAAACACAGCUCCCCAGACUGUCUUCUUCACCGGUGAGGAGGAAAAGGAGAAGGAGGAGACAGUCUAGUGACCUUUACCUGCACAGACCCUGGAAUCAACAUCUUGAACCUGAAACCUUAUACCUGAUACCUGACUCUAUAAUUAAACACAAUCAGACAUAAACCUGUAUAAACCUCUAUCUACUGUAUAUAUAUAUAUCUAAUCACACACAGUGUAAUCCUCAUCUCACAUCUCAGAGCCUCUGUUUCUCCCUGCCUUGAUUAUUUCUAUUUGUCAAAAUGUUUUUAUUAUCAGGAUCUAUUUCUUUGUUUAUCUUUUUUCUGUGUUGAUUCAUUAAAGUUAAGAAUUAUUCCCA